GUCGUCGCGGAGUUGAUAAGUGGGACAUACGCUCUUGCAUCUCCGUAUUUCGUAGUGAACUCGCCAUCAGGUCGGAUCAUCAGCAGCCUAGGUGACUACUUCGGAACAGAUCCUUAGAGCAACAUCGUGCCCAAAGGGAUUCUAUCAUUCGGGGGAACUAGCGACGAGCGAUAACAAUUGUUCAAGAUGGCACCAAACUUGUUUGGUACAUCGGCCACGUUGUAUUUGGAGGCAUCUCAGCAAAAUAUUCAUCAAGGGAAAUCGACGGCAGAGAAGACGAACAAUCAGGAAUUGCUGGUCGAAAAGUCAUCGAAUACCGAGUCGAGCUAUGAAUGGAAAAUCGUUUGGAGAAACGUGAUUGCAUUCAUUUAUCUUCACAUUGCAGCUAUCUAUGGAUUAUACCUUAGCUUUACUUCAGUCAAAUUCCAGACAAAUUUAUGGUUUUGCAGCCUGGGGAUAUUUGGAGGGAUUGGUGUUACAGCUGGUGCCCAUAGACUUUGGGCCCACAGAACGUACAAAGCGAAGUGGCCCAUGCGUUUCCUAUUGAUGAUCCUCCAGACAGUUGCCUUUCAAAAUCACAUUUACGAAUGGGUGAGAGAUCACAGAGUUCAUCACAAAUUCACGGACACCAACGCAGAUCCGCAUAACGCAAAACGAGGAUUCUUCUUCUCACAUGUAGGCUGGCUUCUAGUUCGAAAGCACCCGGAUGUGUUGAAGAAAGGUGCCACAAUUGACAUGAGCGAUCUCGAAAACGAUCCCAUCGUCGUUUGGCAAAGAAGGCUGUAUCUUUUACUGGUGCCACUCUUCUGCUUCCUGCUUCCCGUGUGGGUGCCCUGUUAUUUCUGGAAAGAGACGUUAUUUAAUUCCUGGUACAGCACUCUAGCUAGAUACACACUAUCCUUGAACGCAACGUGGCUGGUGAACUCUGCGGCUCAUAUCUGGGGCGCUAAACCUUAUGACAAGAAUAUUGGUCCCACCGAAAAUAAAAGCGUGGCUAUAAUGGCAUUCGGUGAGGGAUGGCACAAUUACCAUCAUGUGUUCCCGUGGGACUACAAAGCCGCCGAACUCGGCGACUAUAAGGCCAACAUCACUACUGCGUUUAUCGAUUUCUUUGCUCGCUUGGGUUUGGCGUAUGAGAUGAAAACCGUCCCCGUGGAGGCGAUUAAAAGACGAGCGAUCAGAACUGGCGACGGAACUAAGUACAAUAAACACGACGACUCUCAUCAUCAUAUGCAUGUGGACAUGAAAUGGGGCUGGGGUGACGCGGAUAUGAAGCCGGAGGAAAUCCAGGAGGUCGACAUCAUUAAUAAGAGCAACUAAACGAUCAUUUGUGCUAGAUAUAUCGCUAAUCGACACGCGAUCAAUCGUUCACUACGUCAAUUAAUAUUCGUUACACGUUAUCAGUGGUCUAUGGUUAUCGUUCCUCUGUGAAGAGAUCGGCUGCUUAAUCAAAAUUGUUUCAUUUAAAAUAAGCUCCAGAAAUUCAGCAAAUUGAAACGUAGGCAAACAAACGAUUCGACACAAACAACGCACGGCAAUAUAGUUUCCGCUUGCGUUUAUAGCGCGAAACAUAUUAGGAAAAAAAAAAAUAAAUUAACAAGAAAGGAAUUAAACUGUAGAUUUUUAUGCAUUCAUGUAAAUCUUGAUUCUAAUGGAAUAGAAUAGAACAAUUCUGUAUUUCGGUUCUAUUUCCAUUUAAAUCUAUUUAUAAAAAAAUACAAAUUUGCAUAAAAAUCCGCUGUUUAAAUAAUACAAAUAAAAAGACGGACGAAAGGAAUGGGAACGAAAAAGGAUAGGAAAAUAAAUUUUAUGAAUCUCUUAGCAGCAGUCAACUGUUAGCUCACGGAAUCGGACUAAAUUUGUGGCCUUUGUGUCGCGAUAGUCCGAAGUGUCGCGAGCCUGUUAUUUUUCGUACUUUCGAGCGUUCCCUAGAUACUUCGAUUCGGAAAAUCGGGAAUAUGGUAGUUUGAACAAUUGAUCGGUUGAUCACAUCGAUUCGAUGUUAUAUAAUAUUUGUUAUACAACACGGUGGAUCGUGGUGUUUUUCAAGCCACAUAGAUUUAUCGUAACCAAAGUAACCAAGUAAACUGUAUAUCGAUUGAUCGACUAGUUCUUGGACCCACAGACAGAAAAGACACUUUACGCGUUGGAGAUCGAAUCUUGACGAUGGUUAAUCGCCUGGGAUCACGUAAGACUUCCUCUCCCGUUCCGUCAACGCAAACAAGUAGAAUGAAACGGUCGAAGACCUAGUAGUGUUAAUGACGACAGUUACUCGUCGCCUCUCCGAAUUUUACGCUUGUAAAUUGUUACUAUGUAAACGAUAGUCUUUCCUGCCACGAAUAGCGUAAACGAUACGUGUAAUAGGGAAACGCGGUUGAUCGUGUCAUACUUAAAAAUUUCAUGCAAUGCCGCUCGAUCGAUUCAGUUUUGAUACACUGAUUAUUAUAGAAUCGACACGAAACUAUCAAAUGUUACUACACUUAUCUUGCUGAAUAUUUAUUACAAAAACUAUAAUAGACUUACAUAUCUGAACUUGGAAAUAUAGUAUAUAGGGUCCACUUGUAUACGAGGAUUUUUAGCUACGAUAUUUUCUAAAGGACCAGCUAUACUUUUUCGUAAAGAUACAAAGUUACGGUCGAGUUAUUUCGAACACGUGAAACGCACACCUAACGCACAUUAUACGAUAUCGACGAUCUAUGAAAUUCAGCAACCAGGAAUAUUCUUCCGUUAGAAGUUUCCAAUCUCGUCAAGUAUUUUACUGUAUACUAUUAAUGUAAUACCUUGAAUUUUUAAGAUUACGCGAAAGGAAAUAUAAUCGCAGGAUCCCAGGCAUCGUGAGAGACGGUUCGACGAGAACGAUCGAUCGUAGAUAGGAUGGAAGGACUCGGGCUCGAUGUUCGUUCGUUGGUCUUCCGUCAAAUGUUUCUUGAAGAAAUCGGGCUCGAGUUGCUCGCGAUCACUUCAUCAUAGGACAAAGCGUCAAUUAAAUGUACAAUUCGAUCGUGAGGCGAUCGACGGUCGUGGAAACGGAUCCAUUCACGAAUACGUGUCAUGCAGUUCGACAAUCGUUUCUCGGAAAGACGGGUGACAAACAGCGAUCAAGUGCGAUAAUCCAAUAUCGACCACUUGUCUUGAGAAUCCUGUCUUGUCAGAGACUGUCCUGUCGCGCGAAUACAUCGCGUAGAAUUUGUUAAAAAAUAUGUUACACACGAAUAAUUUGCUAAAAAUUAUUUGUAGAGUGGCCUGAAAAGGAGAGUCCGAAGAUUUCAGAGAUUCUUUGAGAGAAUUUUAAUCCGACAUAAUUUUUUUUUAAUAUAUAACCAAGCUUUAUUUGAUGGAAAUGCAAAUACCAUUUUUAUUUAGAAAAUUCAAAAUUGAACAGUAGUUAAACGUAAAAUCGAUAGUAUAAAAUGCAAUUAAAUUCGCAAUUUGGUAAUAGGAGUUUUUGAAAUUUGAUCCACGAGGUUACUCGAAGAUUCGCCUGUAAACUAUACAACGAUACAGAUACAUUCUCCGUGAUUGCUAGGAGUUUUUAAAUUCUUUGAUUUCUUUUGCCAACCUUAUCAAUCGUGUUUUCCUAUAGUUAAACUAUGUUUUGAGUCGGAGGAAAAAUGUCAAAGAAUCGUUUUCGAUACGAAUGAUCAUCUCGUAGUAAAAUUUAAGAAAAGACCUCUUUAUUCGAGCGAAAGUGAGAUUGGGCCACAAAAAUUCGUGAAAUCAGGGAAGUAUCAGGAUUAGAUCUCCUUACGCUUGUUCCUGAUGGGCGAUUCGAUUUUGCAAAAUACGAUUCCAAAACUUCGAUCGUUGAAUCGAACGAGAACGAACGCGGUCGUGAAUUUCUUCUCUGUUCAACGCCUGUUAUGUAUUUAUUGUCGAGAAUAUGAAAAUCCUUCGCUGGUUAUAUAAUUUAUACCGUUCAGUUUGAUAGUGAUAACAGAAACAUGGGAAAGGGACGAGCAGGUGCGGCUGUAAAUUGUUUCUUCUAAAUCCUGCCUCGGUUACGAUUUUGAGCUUCUUUUAAUUUAUUGCGUUUGUUUGUAAAUAUGGAUUCCUACGACAACAGGACUUUAUCUAUCUAGUGAUCACAGAAAUAGUGUCGGCAUCUCUAACGCGUUUAUUAUCUAAUUGUGAGUUUCGUAAGCGUUCCUGGACGUUCGUAAACGUUCUUCUGACAAGAGAGUUGUGAAAAGACUAAAAACAGUAGUGUAUAUAUUUAUUCGCGUAAAGAAGGAAAUAGGUUGCUCGUAGUUCUCAAAUAUUACGAAGUCCUGACAAAGACAGUGACGUGAAUAAAUUGAUAAUUAUUUUUAACAUGUAAAACAUAUUUAUAUAUAGCUAUGUUAUACAAGGUAUUGUUUAUGCUAGAUUAUUUAAAUGUUAUUAAAAAAACAAGCAUCGUAUUCGUUUCUCUUUUUAAUACCUAGUAUAUUGUAGUACAUACAGGUUUAGGUUGGACAUUUUUCGCCAAUAAUUUUUUUAGCAAAAAAGAUUGAACAUAUAAGGUUCUAAAUAAUUUCUUUACAAAAAUAUACAGAAAGAUGUGUCACGGUUAGAGUAGAGAAAAGAGCGGAUAAUGUAGUACUUGAGUUAUAUAUAAUUUAUUUAACAGACAGUUUUCAAGAGAUAGUCAGAAGGAAGGAAACGCUUCAAGUUAACUAAAGAAAAAGAACUCGAAGAUCUCACAGAAGAAUACUUAUGGGUCCAAGGCGCGGAGCGGCGGGCAUUGUCCGACUUGUAAAGUCUAUGUUAAUGGAAGCAACGCAAAAGAAACUCGAAAAAAAAGAUACGUUAAAAAAUAUGAAUAGAAUGUAGAGGAUAUAAACACGAGGUUAAUUACGAGCGAAAAGGAAACAGCAUUGUUUUCGUUGCGUAUGUAAGCUUUACUGUGGACAAUAUUGACAAUUUUCAGUGUAUUUAUAAAUAAAUUAUUGUUAUCCGUAGAAA